AUGUGUAGAAACAGUGUAGGGCUGCAGGUGUGUAGAAACAGUGUAGGGCUGCAGGUGUGUAGAGACAGUGUAGGGCUGCAGAUGUGUAGAAACAGUGUAGGGCUGCAGGUGUGUAGACACAGUGUAGGGCUGCAGGUGUGUAGAGACAGUGUAGGGCUGCAGAUGUGUAGAAACAGUGUAGGGCUGCAGAUGUGUAGAAACAGUGUAGGGCUGCAGGUGUGUAGAGACAGUGUAGGGCUGCAGGUGUGUAGAGACAGUGUAGGGCUGCAGGUGUGUAGAAACAGUGUAGGGCUGCAGGUGUGUAGAAACAGUGUAGGGCUGCAGAUGUGUAGAAACAGUGUAGGGCUGCAAGUAUGUAGAGACAAUGUAGUUGAGGCGAGCGAGGACGACCUUCUCUCUCCUGUCAGUGUGGCAGGUGGUGGUCCAGUGGCUAAGAGUGGUGCCCCUGCUCAAGGCAGGGCCAGACUGGUCAACCCGUUCUCGCAAAUUUAA